AAACACUUGUACAACAGUAUAUUUUUUGAAUUCAACACCGACAUCCUACCAGUGUCCGUUAAAGAUGGUGUGGUAUUAUUUAUAAGUUUCCAUCUAAUAUCUAUAAUUGAUCUUGAAGAGAAGGAGCAGACAUUGAUAACGUAUGGCUAUCCGGCUUUUGCGUGGCUGGAUACUCGAUUAACAUGGAACAUAUAUGAACACGCAGGUAUUGAACACAUCAAUAUCCCCCAAUCUAGAAUUUGGAUACCCGAUAUAAGCGUUAUGAAUUCCGUCAAAGAACCGGUUCAGUUAGGUUAUGACAUGUUUCGAUUAAUGAUAUCCAAUGACGGAUUCGUCAUUUGGUAUCCCGCUAUGCUAAUAAAAAGUGCAUGUGAUGUGAACAUUCGAUACUAUCCACUAGACAAACAACAAUGUUCAAUACAAUUUGCUUCUUCGCCCUUAGAGCUAAUUUUUUUUAAUAUUAUCAACGAUACUAUCAUAUUGGACGAAUAUACUCCAAAUGGUCAAUGGGAAUUGAUAGAAACAUCUGUAUAUUUUGAAAAUCUGACAACUAUAAGACAAAUUUUCACUGUUAAUUUGACAUUAAAAAGACGAUAUCCAUUUUAUCUGUUAAAUAUGAUCAUACCGAUUAUUAUUUUAUCCUGCCUUGGAUCUUUGGUAUUUAUUUUACCAGCCGCUUCAGGAGAGAAGAUGUCUCUAUCCACCACCGUUUUACUUGCUUACGUCGUGUUCUUGACCAUCAUUACAGACAACAUGCCUCACACGUCCACCCAGUCGCCACUUCUGGUAAUAUAUCUAAUAGUGUUGGUGGCAAUGAGCGCCUCGUCAGUCAUUCUAAGCACUAUUGUUCUCAGAGUCUACCAUAAAGAU